AUGGCCACCGCCGGCCCCGUCGAAAGUUUCCACGACGAAGCCUCCUGCUCCAUCUGCCUGGGGUUCUUCCAGGACCCCGUCUCCAUCCACUGCGGCCACAACUUCUGCCGCGCCUGCAUCACCCGCUGCUGGGAGGAAGCCGAGACCGCUUUCGCCUGCCCCCGGUGCAAAGAGACGGCCCCGCGGAGGAACCUGAGACCCAACCGGGAGCUGGCCAAAAUCAUCGAGAUCGCCAAGCGGCUGAGCUUGCAGGCGGCCAAAGGAGGGGCCGGCGGGGAGAGGCUGUGCCAGAAGCACCAGGAAGCUCUGAAGCUCUUCUGCGAGGAGGACCGAGCCCCCAUCUGCCUGGUUUGCAGGGAGUCCCAGGCGCACCGGGCUCACGCCGUGGUCCCCAUCGAGGAGGCAGCGGAGGAGUACAAGGAGAAAUUCCAGGCUCAUGUGCAGAUCCUGAAGGACAGGAGAGAAAAACUGCUGGGGCUGAAAACGGCUGAGGAGGGGAAAAGCCUGGAUUUCCUCGAAAGGGUGGAAACGGAGAGACAGAAGGUCGUGUCUGAAAUCGAGGAGCUGCACCAGUUUGUGGAGGGCCAGGAGCGUCUUCUCUUGGGCCGGCUGGCAGAGCUGGACCAGGAGAUCGUGAAGAGACAGGAGGAGAACAUCACCAGGCUCUCAGAGGAAAUCUCCUCCAUCAGCGAGGAGAUUAGAGAGCUGGAAGAAAAGUGUCAGCAGCCGGCGUGUGAAUUCCUGCAGGACAGCAGAAACAUCUUGAGCAGGCUUGAAAAGGAUGACGUCCAGAAGUCAGAAAAGGUCUCACCGGAGCUGGGAGAGAAACCCCCCGGUUUUCCUCAGAAGAAUUUUGCUCUCAAGGAGAUGUUGAUGAAAUUUCAAGUAAGCUUGACCCUGGAUCCAGAGACGUCCCGCUGCGUCCUGGGCUGCGAGGGUUUCGGCGCGGGGAGGCACUACUGGGAGGUGGAGGUGGGGGACGGGGAAGCCUGGGCCGUCGGGGUGGCCAAGGAGUCCGUGAGGAGGAAGGGACGGAUCAGCGUCAACCCGGAGGUGGGGAUCUGGGCUAUGGGGCAGUGCGGGAGCCAGUACCAGGCUCUCACUUCUCCCACCAUCCCCAUCUCCCUGCUCGCUCCCCCCAAGGUGAUCGGGAUUUACCUGGACUACGAGGCGGGGCGAGUGGCCUUUUUUGACUCCAAAAACGAGGCCCCCAUCUUCACCUACCCGCCAGCUUCAUUCGCAGGGGAGCGAAUCCUCCCUCUGCUCUGCCUGGGGAGAGGGUGCCAGUUCACGCUCUCCCCAUGACCGCUCUGGGGGCAUGCUCCACUUGAGCCUCACUCGCAAGCCUCUGGAGACACCACGGGGUCCUACCACCCCAGAGGCAGCUUUGGGGAGCAUGAAGAAGGCACCGUCCUGCCUAGCACAAGCGGGAUGGCAAAAUUUCCUUCCCCAUCGUCCAGCUCAGCAAGAGGCAUCUGCUGUUGCAGAGCUGGUGGCACGUGGGACGAGGGCUGCUCUACUGGCUGAAGACUUUGCCAGCGAUGCGGCCCUGGCGCAGCCGUGCCCGUAAAACCCCUUUCAAGAACCUUUUUUCCCUCUAUAUUGGAGGACAAGGACGCGGCCAAGCUGAACCUAUGCUGGUUCCCGAAGUGACGGACCCAGUUUCCCCUCUCCCUACCCUCUCCUGGGUGUUUCUGCUGUUUGUUGGACCCUUUGCCCGACUUUUCCAGCUCGCUGAACUUUCUGGACAUCCCUCUGCAGCUGCAUGACGGAACCUCUCCCUUUAGAUGCCAAGGAUGAAGAUGCACAAACCUGGAGAACGCAAGGAGUUCAGGAUGGCUUCGAGCUUUUUGGCUGUCUUUGACGCCGAGGUGGUCAGCCAAGCCAACAGCGAGGUGGACAAUACUCGAUCUUGCAGGAAGGCUGCCAGUACGACUUUAAAUCCACAGCAUCCAGACCGCUAGUUUGUGUUGGACCAGUGCUUAGUGCUGCAUGACGGUCACAUCUUUGCCCUACGUGUGUCGCAACCCGGAGAGGCGAAUCCUUGCAGCCAUGCGACCUAUGGUCCCGCUCGAGUCAGCGAAGGACGGCGAGGGUAUAACUGAGCUCAUCUAGAAAUGGGUCAACAAACCACGUGUAGGAGAUUGACUCGCUGGCACGAAGACAAGUCUACUGGAGGUGCCUAAAACCAAGAGCAACAAAUCCUUCUGAAGGCAGCGUCGGCUUUAACCUUGCGUCGACCAACCGCCUGGGGGCCAGCUAGCGCCUCGUGGCUACUUGGGAGCGUAAGGAGGAAUCCAGAGGGGACGGAGGAUGCUCACGAGAGCAUCUUUCCAGUGAAUGGAGUCAGUGUUUUAAGAUACCUGGACAGAUUGUACACAUGCGUCUUUGGUAGCUUGAAACGCCUUGUUUGCCUCGGCCGCUGACCGCAAAAUACGGAAAUGGUAAUAGAGGAAUUGCUGCUUUUGCA